GUAUGGUGCAAACGACCAUGGACCGCAUCAUUGACGCGCUGCGCCCGCUCCUCAACAUCAAGGCCCACGACAAGUUUGAGACCGACGGCCGCGCGUUCCUCACGAAGCUCCUUGCGCGCGCGAUCGAGAAGGACGAGCCGAUCUCGCUCGUUCUUCCCGGCUUCCCUUGCAAGUCGCCCAACACGGACACCGAAGUGCUCGGAAAGCUCCCGGACCGCGGCGAAGAGAUCGGCCUUGCGCGCUUGGAGGCCGCGUGCGUUGCGAUCGAGAAGGUCUACCCCCGCGGCGCGCGCGCCAAGAUCUUCAGCGACGGCCGCGUCUUCAGCCAAGUGCUCGGCGUCACGGACGACGACGUGCUGUCGUACAAGGCCGCGCUCGUGCAGCUCCUCGCGUCGACGACGCACACGCACUUGGAGUUCGACAGCCUCGACAACCACACAACGACGUCGGUCAACCAAAUCGCCGAGGUCAAGGCGCGGUAUGGCGUGGACGCGCUCGACUUGGACGACGUCCUCGCCAAAAACGCGGGCUUGCGCAACACGUACAACACAUUUCACUCGUUCAUUACGCGCGACCUCCUCGACACCUACGCCCAUCUGGACGAGGCGGCGAAAGCCGAUGCGAUCACUUCGGGCGCGCGCGAGAUGAUUCGGCGCAACAUUGCCUUCUCGAGCCUCGUCAACGACGUCUUUGGCGACGCAAUCCGGCUCUCGAUCCACGCGUUCGACAACGCGGGCCCCAAGUUUGGAGUGCAGCUGAUUCCGCAGCUCGACGCAUCCGAGACAGCGCCGACGACGCCGUGGCACUGCGUUAUCGUGCAGCACAUGGACGGCACCGAGGUCGCGCGCAAGCACGAAGACGUCGAUAAGACCAAGUACGAAGUCGUCACCAAGUUUGGCCGCCCGUGGUUCUACCGCCAAGUGCCCGAUCUCGCGCCCGAGUGGGCGCAGCUGGCGAUCGCGCUGCAGCCGUGGCGUCAAGGUGUGACGCUGAUCGCGUCGUCGCCCAUCUCGAUCACAGCGCUGCCCAAGGUCGCGCUCCGCGCCCUCGCCACCAAGUACAGCGUCGUGCUCCUCCGCGGCUUCCGCACCGACGAGAACCAAGACAUGCUCGCGUCGCACAUUGGCGAGAUCCUCAUGUGGCCCACGGGCAGCACGCUCGAGCUCAAGCAAGACGGUGCCGCCGGCCUCGCGUCGCGGUCCCACGAACCCAUGGCGUUCCACUACGACGGCAUGUUCAAGCGCAUUCCAGACAGCGACAUCCUCGGCGACGUGCCCUUGUACCAGUUCUUCCAGUGCUUCGCGCCGUACCCGGUCCGUGAUUCACCGUACGGUCGCACCAUGUUUGUCGACACGCGCCGGCUCCUCGCCGCCUUGCCGUCUACGGACGUCGCGCGUCUUCGGACGCUCAAGAUGACGGCGACGACGGCCGCCAACGUCAUGUACGGCUCGGCGACGCUGACGCACCACAUGGACCUCGUGUGCCAGCACCCGGUCGACGGCCAGGAGAUCCUUCGCUUCCACGAGCCGUGGGACGCCGACAAGACCAACCUGCAGCCGACGCACAUCGCGAUCCGCAGCAAGAAGCCCGAUGCGACCGAGGCCGACCACGCGAUCGAGCAAGCGUGGGUCUUUGAGACGCUCGUGCCGCUCCUCUACAGCGACGAGUUCAAGUACGCGCACGAGUGGCAAGCCGGCGACUACGUGCUUUCGGACAACUACGCGCAGCUGCACAGCCGGACGCCCGUGCCGCAAAAGGGUCGCGAGAUCGCCCGUAACUAA